AUGGGCCUUUCAAUUCUUCCUCCUUUACUGCUCUCAUUUUUUGUUUUCUCUCUGUUGCAUACGCCCACCAUUGCCGUUAAAAAGUCUUAUAUAGUGUACUUGGGAGGACAUUCACAUACACUAGAGCCCUCGUCGGCUGAACUUGACAGUGUGACGAAUUAUCAUUAUGAUUUGCUUGGAUCAGUCGUAGGAAGCACUGAGAGGGCUAAGGAUGCAAUCUUCUACUCAUAUAGAAGACAUAUUAAUGGCUUUGCCGCCAAUCUAAACGAGGAAGAAGCAGCAGAGAUUGCAAAGCAUCCAAAUAUCCUAUCAGUUUUCGAAAACCAGCCCAAAAAACUGCACACAACACGAUCAUGGGAUUUUCUUGGACUUGAGAAAGGUGGAGAAAUUCAGUACAAUUCGGCAUGGAAAACAUCAAGGUUUGGCGAAGAUACAAUUAUUGGAAAUCUCGAUACCGGUGUUUGGCCGGAAUCAAGGAGCUUCAGCGAUGAAGGAAUGGGUCCAAUCCCGUCGAGGUGGCGUGGUGUCUGUCAAAGUGGCAAUAAAGAUGGUGUUCGUUGCAACCGGAAGCUGAUCGGAGUAAGGUACUUUAACAAAGGCUUUGCUGCACUUGCAGGGGUUCCUCUUAACAAUUCCUACAUAUAUAACACUGCUCGUGACAACGAUGGCCAUGGGUCCCACACCUUAUCUACCGCCGGCGGUAACUUUGUAGCCGGAGCUAGUAUUUUGGGGAAUGCCAAUGGCACUGCAAAGAGUGGAUCACCAAAAGCCCGUGUGGCUGCCUACAAGGUCUGCUGGAGUUUGGGCACUGACAGAACUUGCGCAGACGCGGAUAUCUUGGCUGCCUUUGAAGCUGCAAUAAGCGAUGGUGUUGAUGUGCUCUCUGUUUCUCUGGGUGCUAGCCCCAAAGCACUUUUUAAGGAUGUGGUAUCACUAGGUGCCUUCCACGCUGUUAAGAAUGGCAUUGUCGUUGUUUGCUCGGCCGGAAAUGAUGGACCAGCUCCAGGGACCGUAACAAACGUGGCACCAUGGAUAUUCACAGUCGGAGCCAGUACGCUUGACAGGGAGUUUUCUAACUAUGUUGCUCUUGGUAACAGGAAGAAACUCAAGGGAACAAGUCUUUCAGGAGCCUUGAAACGUGCUAAGUUCUACCCAUUGAUCAGUUCUGCCGAUGCCAAAGCUGCUAAUGCAUCCUAUCAGGAUGCUCUGGCUUGUGAGGGUGGAGCCCUUGAUCCCACUAAGGUGAAAGGAAAGAUUUUGGUGUGUCUUCGAGGGGAAAAUGAUAGACUUGAUAAGGGCCGUCAUGCCCUUCUGGCAGGUGCUGUGGGUAUGAUAUUGGCUAAUGAUGCGUAUGAUGGGAAUGGCAUUUUAUCCGAUGCUCAUUUCCUCCCUGCUUCAAAUAUCAAUUUCACCGAUGCCCAACAACUCUUUUCUUACAUUAAGAGUACCAAGAACCCUACGGCUUACAUUACUCCUGUAAAGACCCAAUUGGGAACAAUGCCAGCUCCAUUUAUGGCUUCAUUCUCAUCUAGGGGGCCUAAUGUCAUUGAGCCAGCAAUCCUCAAGCCUGAUAUCACUGCACCAGGGGUGAGCAUACUUGCUGCCUACAGCGAAGCAGCAAGUCCAACUAAUCUAAAAUCUGAUAAACGUCGUUUUCCUUUCAAUAUAAUCUCCGGAACUUCCAUGUCCUGCCCUCACGUUUCCGGCAUUGUCGGCCUCCUCAAAACGCUCCACCCUGACUGGAGCCCGGCAGCAAUCAAAUCUGCAAUGAUGACCACCGCAACUAGAAUCCCAGAUAACAAGGAGGAAGCAGUGUUGGACUCAGCCACACCAUUUGCGUAUGGUGCAGGACACGUGCAACCAAACCAUGCAGCGGACCCUGGAUUGAUUUAUGAUCUGACCGUUAAUGAUUACUUGAACUUCUUAUGCGCUCGUGGCGCCAGCCAGAAGUUGAUCAGAAGGUUUUCGGGCGGGGCGUAUGCAUGUCCCAACUCUUUCAGACUGACAGACUUCAACUACCCUUCAAUCUCAGUUCCCAAUCUCCCUGCACGUUCAGUGACUGUUACUAGAACAGUAACCAACGUUGGUUCUCCGAACACCUCGUACGUAGUGCGUGUCAAUGAACCUGCCGGAGUUUUGGUCUCGGUUAAUCCUAAAAUAUUGACGUUCAAGGCAGUCGGUGAGAAGAAGACGUUCAAAGCUACUUUGAUGCCCAAUGGUACGAGUACGAUUAUGGACUAUGUUUUUGGGGAGUUGGUUUGGUCAGAUGGGAAGCACUAUGUCAGGAGUCCCAUUGCAGUGCGCUCUUCCAACUACAAGUGA